UACCUGCUUCAUACGGCGCCACGCGCAGUGUCACUCGUUAAAUUCUCUGCAUCCGAUCACUGGAAAGCUUGCAAUGAGGAGGAAAAUUGCGCAUCAAGUCAACUUCAUUCUCUUGAUUUACUGCCUUCUCAGUCUGCCAGUAAUUAUGGGCUUUCCCAGAUGGCUCCCUGGAUGUGUGGAGGGUUUUUCAUUGACGCCGGUUCCUGGGUUACAGAAAACUAUGUGUGGAUUAGUGUGGAGAGAUCAAGAAAAGGAUAAAAUUCAAGAUGUAUAUAAGCGAUUCUUGUUUCAUUAUUCAAAAGCCCAAAACUCUUUGCGGUCCAUGCAGCGGGAGUCCCAAUCUGUCCACCCUUUGAUGCGUUUGUACCCCAAACUCUCACAGAAGAGAAGGAAGCAACCUGCUCCAUGGGUAGGAAUGCAGACUUUCCUGCGAUGUGUUUCUCUACUGUUAAUAAAUGAUAAAUUACUCUAAAGUAUUCACUGUUCU